AUGAAGUCUCAAAAUUCAAAUUGUAGCAUAAUGAUAUUUCGUCCAACCAAAGAAGAACUUAAUAAUUUUGAUAAAUAUAUUGCUUACAUGGAAUCCCAGGGUGCACACCGAGCUGGCCUAGCCAAGGUAAUUCCACCCAAGGAAUGGAAAGCCAGACAGAACUAUGAUGGUAUCAAUGACAUCUUAAUAGCCACUCCUCUCCAGCAGGUGGUCUCUGGGCGGGCAGGUGUGUUCACUCAAUACCAUAAAAAGAAGAAAGCCAUGACUGUGGGGGACUAUCGCCACUUGGCAAACAGUGAAAAAUAUCAGACUCCACCACACUUGAAUUUUGAAGAUUUGGAGCGAAAAUUGAAGAACCGCCUCUACAUCCCACCAAUUUAUGGUGCUGACAUCAGCGGCUCCUUAUUUGAUGAAAACACCAAACAAUGGAACCUUGGUCACCUGGGAACCAUUCAGGACCUGCUGGAGCAGGAAUGUGGAGUUGUCAUUGAAGGCGUCAACACACCCUACCUGUACUUUGGCAUGUGGAAGGCUACCUUUGCUUGGCACACGGAGGACAUGGACCUUUACAGCAUCAACUACCUGCACUUUGGGGAGCCCAAAACGUGGUACGCGGUGCCCCCAGAACACGGCCAGAGGCUGGAACGCCUGGCCAGGGAGCUUUUCCUGAGGACUUCCCGAGGCUGUGAGGCCUUCCUGCGGCACAAGGUGGCUCUCAUCUCGCCCACUGUCCUCAAGAAGAACGGCAUUCCCUGCAAUCGCAUGACUCAGGAGGCUGGAGAGUUCAUGGUGACGUUUCCCUAUGGCUACCACGCUGGCUUCAACCACGGCUUCAACUGCGCGGAAGCCAUCAACUUCGCCACCCCGCGAUGGGUGGAUUAUGGCAAAGUGGCGUCUCAGUGCAGCUGCGGGGAGGCCAGGGUGAGCUUCUCCAUGGACGCCUUCGUGCGCAUCCUGCAACCCGAGCGCUACGAGCUGUGGAAACGCGGGCAGGACCGGCCGGUCGUGGAUCACGCGGGGCCCGGGGCGCCGGCCAGCCCGGAGCUGACCGCCUGGAGGGAGGACUCAGCUCCUGGGAAAACUGCUCCGGGCCUGAGGCACCUCCCCUCCCGCCAGGCCUGGCACUCCAAUCGGCCUGGCGGUGGGAUGCGCCGCCGCGCCCUCGAGCGCCGUGCGCUGCGGCGCCCAUUGGCCUGCGGCGCUUCUGCGCUCCCGGGGGACACAGUUCCCUGCUGCUCUGCGAAGCCGGAGCCAGAGCCGGAUCCGUCCGCCCACAUUCCCUGCCGGUCAACUGGCAGACAUGGUCGUGGUCGUGGUCGUCGUCGUCGUGCUCAGGAACUGGACGCCGAGGAGCGGACCUUCCAGGCUCCAGCCAAAAGACAUCUCUCCAUGGGCACAGCGCCCACAUCUCCAGGCCCUGAUCCUCAGCCCCUGCCUGUGGAUGGAGCUUUGACGGACAUGUCUGAACUUCUGGGUCUUGGGCCCCAGCAUCCUGCCAAGGCUUCUGGGUGCUUCUGGGCCUCUGUCCCCUAA